AUGGCACCACUCAACGUGUGCAUGGUAGGGACCGGCGAGUACACAACUGGAUAUGUAGGCGGUUCAGCUUCCGGCUCAGACAAGAAGGUCGGCGUCGUUGGCCUGACACUGUUCGACCUGAGAAGACGCGGCAAAGUGGGAAGUCUCUCAAUGGUAGGAACCUCUGGGAACAAAUUCCCUGGAAUUCGCGCACAUCUGCAGAAGAACAUCACCGAAGCAUACAACGGCCUAGACACCAGCUUCGAAUCCUAUCCCGGAAACGAAGAACGCGAUCCAGAAGCCUACAAAAAAGCAAUCGAUGCCCUCAGUCCCGGAGAUGCAAUCACAAUCUUCACCCCCGACCCCACACACUAUCCCAUCGCCCUCUAWGCCAUCCAACGCAAAAUCCACGUCAUGAUCACCAAACCCGCCGUCAAACUCCUCUCUGAACAUCAACAUCUCCUCUCCGAAGCCCGCAAAAAUAAUGUCUUCGUCUACAUUGAGCAUCACAAGCGCUUCGAUCCCGCAUACGCAGAUGCUCGGAAUCGCGCCGUGAAGGGAAGUCUUGGGGAGUUUAAUUACUUUUACUCGUACAUGUCUCAACCGAAAUCCCAAUUGCAGACUUUCUCCGCUUGGGCCGGCAAGGACAGUGACAUAUCCUACUACCUCAACUCUCACCACAUAGAUGUCUGCGAGAGCAUGGUGCCGACUUAUCGUCCGGUUCGCGUCAUGGCUUCCGCUUCCACGGGUACAGCUACAGAUCUCGGAUGUGUGGCUGAGACGGAAGACACCAUCACUCUCCUCGUGGACUGGGUGAAGAAGGACGGCAGCGGGAGAAGAGCCACAGGAGUGUAUACCGCGAGUUGGACAGCUCCUCAGAAAGCAGGCGUCCAUUCCAACCAGUAUUUCCACUACAUGGGCAGCAAAGGCGAGAUUCGAGUCAACCAGGCGAAGCGCGGGUAUGAGGUUACGGAGGAUGAAGACGGAUUGACACACUACAACCCCUUCUACAUGAAGUAUGCUCCCGACGAAGAAGGCAACUUUGCAGGCCAAGGCGGCUAUGGAUACGUCAGCUUCGAAAAAUUUGUAGACGGUUGCCAAGCAUUAAAGGAGGGGAGAGUCUCGCUCGAUGACCUUGACAACAGAGGCCUGCCAACAUUGAAGAACACAAUUGCAACAGGCGCAAUUCUCGAAGCUGGACGCGUGAGUUUGGAUCAGAAGCGACCUGUUGAGAUUGUUGAGAAGGAGGGGGUUUGGAGUUUGCAGUAG